CUUAUCUCAGCCAAGCAGCUGGGCUGCUACCACCAUAAAUCAGGAGCAAAGCUGGGAGAGGGUGACCAGGGGACCUGCGGCAAGGGAGGACGGGGGGCAGGCAGCUCUCAGAGCUCCAGCGGCUGGCAGCCAUGGGGGACACCAAGCCCCCGGCACGGCGGCGAUGGGUGGGAAGGGGCUGCGCUGGCACCCAUCAGGAAAAUCCUUCCCUGCGAGGUGGGCAGGCCCCCAGCCUGGCGUGGAGCACCUGGGAGCUGUUGGCUGUGGCUGCGGCCGGCCUGCUGCUGCUGUACAUCGCGCUGUGCUACCAGGACUUCCAUUUCCGCGUGGCUCAGGUGUACGCUCGCCUGGGGUACCCCCAUGCCCAGCACAUCGUGGGACAGAGGUAUUUGCAAGGUAACCUUCCCUGUCAGAGGACGAUUGUGUACAGGGAACACAAACGUGGCUCUGCACCCUGGGCUUUGGGCACCGUAUUUUACAUCCUCACCACGACUCUGCUGCUUUGUUUCCAUCUCAGGAGCUGGAGUGGAAAAAAGCAAGGACCUGGCCAUGCACUGGUUCAGGUGAGGUGCAAAAAAAUAACUCCUGACAUGGUGCAUGGCUCUUUUCUGGGAAAGUCUGUCGGGGUGUGGGAGGAGGAAAAAGAACUGGUGAUACUUAAGCAGGGAGAGAUGUGCUGCACCAUCCCACGGCGCUGGUGCGUGCCUGGCCCUCCCUGAGUCUUGCUUGGGGUCAAGACACUUUGCUCUGCCUUCCCCAUCCUCUCAUGCUUAUUUUAAGCCAGCGGGAGGCCAAAAAAAUAUCUUGAGAUCGAGACUGCAGGUGCAUGGGGGAAAUAGUUGAAUUAGGUUUUUCUUUUGUA